GUAACAGAACAAUCCCACUCUUUUUUUUUUGGUUGCUUUUUUCCCCUCCGAAGAACGAACGAACGACUGUUUGAAAUCUCGUUUGGGCUUGUAUUAGUGUAAAUGGGGGAGUCCUGUACACUCGUCGUAAACACUUCAACAUCAAGGAAAUCUUUUUGGGGCACUGACAACUAGCUGGGGUACUAUCUCCGAUUGACGGGGACGUAAACAAGCUUUCUUUUGGUUGUUGCUGCUGGCUGGCGUGUCUGCCAGCUGUUUUGAACGCAAAAUGGAGCAAGCUGCGAGCCGAUACCAAGUGUUACACAAUGACUACAAUGAGGAAGACUCGUCCGAGGCCUCCACCAGUGCAGUGCCAUCCACCUCAGCCCAGGGGGCCUGUGCCAUCACACCCGAGGUGGCAGGUGCCAGCGCGGCGCCCGAGGCUGAGGUGCCACCGCCUCCCUACGACAGCGUCACCCUAGGGGCCACCGCCGCACCAGAAACUAGUUUUCAGGGGGGUUUCCCUGUGCCUCCGCCAUACAGUGUUGCCACAUCUCUGCCAACUUAUGAUGAAGCGGAGAAGGCCAAAGCUGCAGCCAUGGCGGCCUCCGCUGUCGAGGUGGUGCCACGGGACGAAGAUUUCCCUCCGCGAGAUGACUUCAGUGAUGCCGACCAGCUCAGGGUGGGCAAUGAUGGCAUCUUCAUGCUGGCCUUUUUCAUGGCCUUCCUCUUUAACUGGAUCGGAUUCUGCCUGUCCUUCUGCUUGACCAACACCAUCGCGGGUCGCUACGGCGCCAUCUGUGGGUUUGGCCUCUCUCUCAUCAAAUGGAUUCUCAUAGUCAGGUUCUCUGAUUAUUUUACUGGAUACUUCAACGGGCAGUACUGGCUCUGGUGGAUCUUCUUAGUUCUGGGUAUGCUGCUGUUCUUCCGGGGAUUCGUGAAUUACCUGAAAGUUCGCAAUAUGUCAGAGAACAUGGCCGCCUCCCACAGAAUGCGCUUCUUCUUCCUCUAUUAAAGAGGUUGCCACACCAAACAUUCCUCCCUAAUGUGAAAUUCCGUGAUGAUUUGCAACCCGUCAAAUGAACUGGACUGAAGCCCAAAGGGGGGGGAGGAAGAAGAAGAAGAAGAAGAAGAGGAGGAGGAGGAGGAGGGGAAGCAGAAAAAGAGAGAGGAAAAAGGAGUGCAUAAGUGCUGCCAAAAAAGCCCAGGCUUCCCUCAUUAAAAGUCAAAGAAGUGAUGCACUCCUUCCCCAACCGAGUACAGAUUAACUAAGUUAAUAUUAGGUUUGUGUAAUAUCCUUCCUUGCCUUUGUAUGCUCUUAUUUAAUUACUUGCUAUACAGAAUGGACUGAUACUCUCACACACGUACAAACACACUUACACACACACACACACACACACACACACACACACACCACACACACACACACACACACACACUCUUACAGUGUGACACUUUCCAAUGUGGAGUGAUACUUCAUAGUAGGGAUCUAAAAUCAACUGUAGAGAACAGGUCCUCAUUAGGAGUAUGCACCCGAGGAGUGCUAUGCAAACGGUUCAUGUCUCUUCGAAUGCGAAGGACCAGAUAAAUGUAGUCGGUUAGUGCCCCCCUCCCAGCCUCCACCCCACCUCUGCUCGUUCCAUUUAGAACUGUAAGCUUUGUUGCACUGCAGUAUUGAAGUAACCUCAUGAAUAAGAGAGCUCUUUCUCUUUCUCUCUCUCUCUCUCUCUCUCUCUCUCUCUCUCUCUCUCUCUCUCUCUCUCUCUCUCUCUCUCUCUCUCUCUCUCUCUCUCUCUCUCUCUCGCUCUCGCUCUCUUUUGCUCUUGGUUUGAUCAUUGAAGCUAAUGCCAACUAAAGAUAUGUUUGCACUACAUGAGGUCUUUACCCUUACCUUUCUUAAGUCAUGACUGGCUUAUACUCUUAGUAGUGUAUCAGUAGAGCUUUGUCAAGCAGGUUUGGUAUUCUGGAAUUUGUAUUUAUCUUAAUAAAAUACAGAGAUUUUGCCAUUUUUGCACCAUAAUAAUUUAAUUUGUUAUUUUGGAUAUUGUUAUUGUAUUUACAUACAGUAUAUAGAUUAUUGCAAUCAGCUAAAACUGUGAUACUUCUUUCCUUGUCUAGGCUACAUUUUAGUGCUUAAAAUGCUAUGAAUUUCAUCCAUUUGAUUCCACAAACAGCCUCUUCAGCAAUAUCAGAUCUUUAAUGAAACAUGUAAGUGCAUGGUUAACUUGGUUGCACUGGUUUGAAAAAAAAAAAACCUACAGUCUUAAAAUAGUGCAACACAGUGAUUUCAAUAUACAUUUGUAAACCAAACUCUUUUCUUUUGUCAGAAUUGAACAUUUUGGAGCAUCUCAAGUGUCAAAGACAUGGUUGUGUGUGAUGUGUUAAUUCUCUUGUCUUGCAAAAUUGCCAAUAAAGUUCCACUGGAACCUUG